GCAGCUGGUCAGGGUCGGUGUACUAGAGAGAACUGCAAGUACCUUCACCCUCCUGCACAUCUAAAGACGCAGCUGGAGAUUAAUGGCCGGAACAAUCUGAUUCAACAGAAGACUGCCGCAGCCAUGUUCGCCCAGCAGAUGCAGUUUAUGCUCCAAAACGCUCAGAUGCCAUCACUCAAUUCCUUUCCUGUGACUCCAUCAGUUCCAGCUAAUCCUGCCAUGGCUUUCAAUCCUUACUUACCUCAUCCUGGGAUGGGCCUGUUUCCUGCCGAACUGGUACCAAAUGCACCUGUUCUGUUUUCUGGAAACCCACCUGUCGCGUUACCAGGAGCUGCUGCUCCAAAGCCGAUGCGCUCUGAUAAACUGGAGGUCUGCCGAGAAUUUCAGCGUGGAAACUGUACCCGUGGUGAGAAUGAUUGCCGCUAUGCUCACCCCACUAAUGUGUCCAUGAUUGAUGCAAGUGAUAAUACCGUGACGAUCUGCAUGGAUUACAUCAAAGGGCGAUGCUCCCGGGAGAAAUGCAAGUACUUUCAUCCUCCCGCACACCUGCAAGCCAAACUCAGGGCCACUCAUCACCAGAUGAACCACUCAGCUGCCGCCACGAUGACCGUACAGCCUGGUGCACUUCAACUGAUGCCAAAGAGACCGGCACUUGAAAAGAACAAUGGUGCCCCUCCAGUCUUUAAUCCCAGUGUUUUCCACUGCCAACAGGCUAUGGCUAACCUGCAGCUCCCGCAGCCGGCGUUUAUCCCUGCAGGGUCAAUACUGUGCAUGGCACCCACUUCAAGUAUUGUGCCCAUGAUGCACGGUGCUACACCUACCACUGUGUCUGCAGCAACAACACCUGCCACCAGCAUCCACUACGCUGCAACAACCACGGGCAAUCAGUUGAAAUUCUGAACAGCAGAGUUACAGUGUGUCGGAAUCUCUCCGCGAGAAGCUCUAUAUGGCCUUUCUAUACAUAUUCUCGUAUGUCCUCUUCUACCAACUCAACAAUAAGUGUGGUGCAGUCAAUAUAUUAAGCAAAACGAUUAAAAUUAAAAAGCAUUAAAAUCAAUGGAGAUGUUAAAAUAUUAAUAGAAAACUAACUACUAUCUAUCUUAUUUGAGUAUCAGCUAGAAUAUGCCUAUUACAUUUUGCAACUAUUAUGUUACCCUUGGUCAUUUUCCAACAAUCAU